CAAACGUGCCUAACCAUUCGAUACAAAACGGGAAUCUUGAUUCGCCAAAACCCAUUUUAGCGUCGUCGCGUUGGAGAGGGAGCAAUGGCUGAUUUUACUACAUCUACUCACAGAGCAAAAUGGAUAUUCACUCCGCAAGAUCUCAAAGAAAAAUACAAGGCUGCUAAUCAAAGAGCUAAGCAAGCACUGGAGAAGUAUGGAGCAACUCGAAUGGAAGUCGACAUUGAUGGUUCAUUCUCUUAUGCCGAACCUCACAAUGAUAGUGCUGAGAAGCAUUCUCGUCCAAAACCACUAAAGACUGAGGAAGAAAAACUUCUCCGGGCUUUCUACGAGUUCAAAAUCCAAGAUGUAUGUGAUGCCUUCAAGUUCCCACGCAAAAUUCAGGCAACAGCUCUUAUUUAUUUUAAAAGGUUUUAUCUGCAAUGGUCUGUGAUGGAACAUCACCCAAAGAACAUCAUGUUAACCUGCAUAUAUGCAGCUUGUAAGGCAGAAGAGAAUCAUGUAUCAGCAGAGGAGCUUGGUAAAGGGAUUGAGCAGGAUCAUCAGAUGAUCCUCGAUAAUGAAAUGCUGGUUCUUCAGAGUCUAGGAUUUGAUCUUAUCGUUUAUGCACCAUAUCGUGCACUUGAAGGCUUUGUCAAUGAUGUGGAGGAGUUCUAUGGAGAAAGAGACGAGCAAUCCGAGAAGAUUAAGGAUUUGCAUGUAUCUGCAAAGGUGGAAGUAGAUAGAAUUAUGCGUACAGAAGCACCCCUUCUAUUCCCUCCUGGGCAGCUGGCAUUGACAGCCUUACGGAGGUCUUGCAAUGUGCAUAAAUUUUUUGACUUUGAGAGAUACCUGAAAAGCAUGCUGUCGAGGCAGAAUCCUGCUUUUCCCAUUUCAGAGUUCAACAUUUCCUUGAAUGCCAUCGAUACUAUGAUAAAUAGGCUGGAGACGCCUACUUCCAAAGAUGUAAAGCAUAUCGAUAGGAAACUCAAAUCAUGUUUGGAUCCAAGUUCUCAUGACAAGAGUAAAAAACGAAAGCACAGAUCUAAGGAGGGUUCAAAUGAAAUGCAAUGAUCUCUUUAUCCCGACUCUUAAGUCUAUCUAAUUCCUUGAGCUUGUGUGUCGACAUAUUGCGGCAGUUAACCAGAGUAUGGUUGGAGAUUUCACAACAUUUUGUUGCAUCUUCUGCUGAGGGAACAUCUUCCAUGAAAUGUUCGGUGUGGUGUGGUAUUGCCUGGACAAAACUAUGAGAAAAUCUUUAUAAACAAUUGAUAUCUUACAAUAUUAGACAACAGGGAAAAAGUUAAAUUUUAAUGUGAAAAGCAUUUGACAUUCUUGUAAUUUCUGAAAAGAGGUGAUUAUUUUUAGAGUAAGCGUGUUUUGACUAUGAUUGUAAAUAAGCACCAAGUUACUUUAUUAAUUCCUUGUUUAGAAAUA